AUGGGUGCCUUCGUGUCACUAAACUGCAACGAUUUCACUCCGGCUGAGGGUAUCGAUAAGACCCAUGCGAGUUCGAAACUGCAGUCCCCUCCAGCCGGGAUGAGAACCCUUUUGGGGAGCUUGUCGAGUGUCAUUUCAGGCCCGCCUCUUCCGCCACCACCAUCGGCUGCUAUCUAUCGCGAGACCGGCAUCCUCGACUCUCUAACUGAAGAGGAUGACCCGGUUUGUUCUAAUGACUCGUUGGAAUUCUGGCCCAUGACCAGUCACCUGCGGGAACUGCGCUACUCCUCACUGCUGCUUCAACCUGAGGCGGGACGAGACCGGUUGUCCCUUCCUAGAAAGUCUUCACGAAUAGCGUCGCUCUCGAAUUCGGCUUUUUCCGCUCAUGUCUACCCGAACCUUGAAGUCUCGAAAGCACUGAUUCAGGCACCACUAAUACCCUCCUCUAAUGAUACUCCAAAAACUGAGUCAUCCCUCGAAGCUGAUAGAUAUUGGUCACGUUUGGAUGACAAAAUGGUCCCAAAGACAAUACCGAAUCACCUGAAUUGCAGUGCGUUAGGCGGGAAUCAUGUAAAAGAUAAAGAAAAUGAUAAGAAUGAGCAUAAAUGCACAAAUAUUGCCUUACAUAAUGAAAAUAUGAGGGCCGGCAAAGAUAGCAAAGAUGGUGGCGAUAUGGAAGAUACAGUCAUUUUAGAAAAAAGGAAAGUUUGUCACCAUAUAGCCCUGAAGACAGCCGCAUCAUCAAGUCACUUGGACAAUCAGUUGCCAUGGGUACAUCAACGCGCAUCGCUGCUAGCCUCCACUAACAACUACACUAACCUUACCCAAAUCUGCCAGUCAAUUAGGCCUGGCGUCAGCCAAAGCUGGCCGAAUGUCAGUUUCUCUAUGAGCCCAACCAGCAAAGGGGUUGUCAACUGGUCGUCUGCCCGCCUUAAGAUACCAAAAUCUCGGUUUAAUACUGCAAUCACUACUUUGGCCAACUCAUGCUUCUGUCUCGAGCAGUCUCAACGGCCUAACCAACAUUUACAGCAGCACAAGUAUCUUCAAUCUGUGCCUCAUGUCCAGUCAUCUGCCUACAGGCUGUCAGUCAGUUGUUGUUGUUGUUGUUGUUACGCUCAUCACCGAAGCGCAAUUCGUCUUCACCACCACCAACUGCCAAUACACUCUCACUCGAGGCAGCAUCAGAUGUUGGGAUUUUGUGCCAAGACCGAUUCGGACGUACUAGAAGCCCCAGCUAAGAUGGACGACAGUAAAGAUGACAGCUCAACUCUUGUCGUCCCGAUGGAGACCCGUUCAAUGGGACUUUACAGGAUGACUGCGGGUCUACAAACAGACGAUUUCAGCCAAUGGCGUCCUCCAGUCUGGCAGCACAAUUGUCCAUCGUGCCUAGUUUGGUGGACGGAGGCGCCAGGAUCUCGGUUACAUCAGCCGACAUGCCUGAUCGCCGAGUCGCAUAGGGUCCGAGCUCAAACUGAGAAUCUACCGGUGAGACGGCUUGGUCGAAAGACGAUAGUGCCUCCGCUGUCUGCAAGUGUGUGGUACAGUAAACUCGACGAUCGGCUCCCAUUGGAUCAGACGUCCGAGUCUAGACUGUGGACAGCGGCCAAUUCUGCUGCUGCUUCUGCCUCCCUCAUCACCGCCACUAUCACCACCAUUUGCACCAGUUCUACUGCUCAUAAUCAUUCGGAAAUUGGGGUCCGCUAUCAAAGCGCAAAAUUGGAGGCUGGAACAAGCACAACUUUGGCAUUGGCUCGUGGUCAAAUUGUGUCUCCUUCAUCUUUUAAUUGUGUCUUUUCACAAUGUCCGCUAAGGCAUAGGCUUCUGGAGGUACAAAAACAGGAACAACAGUCAUCGGUAAAUCAUUUCACGCUCCUCAAAGUGAUUUCUUCAAGUGAGUGUAAAUCGAAAUACAAGAAAACGGAUGAUGGGAAACAAACCAAGUGGAAUUUGGUAGAAAAAGAGCAUCAAUCUAGUGACCAACUGCUGAGUGAGAAGGGUGCAGAAACGACGCAAGAAAAGUUGGAGAAUGAAAAGAUUACUCGGAUGCAAUUGCAUAUUAGAACUGUAACUGAUGCUGACAGUAUUGAGGACAAUGACAUCCUUACUGUUGAUACCAACAAAAGUGAAACGCUCAUCUACAAUCGUUCGAUCAGUAAUGAUGCUGUUAAUGACAUCAAAUCCGGACACACUUGCGACUAUCCAUCAAGCCGAAUGUAUUUACAGACAAAUGUUCGUGAGUCCUGGCCAUAUUCUAGCAAUUCUCACAAAAGGAUCCAUGAAUCGGUGAGUCACGCAUGUAUACGCUCUCAUUAUCAACUGCAUAAUAUACCAUCUUCUCGAAAGCAUCUAAACCUUCCAAUUGGGCAGUAUUAA